AUGUCCGACCUGGAAAAGCGAACCUCUCGCAGCGGCUCUCAAAGCCAAGUUGAAGAUGUGAACAACAACAUCCUGGCCCAGGCCGAUGCGCCUAUCAACUACGACAGUGAUGGCAUCAAGGGUAUCGUGCGAUCUCCGUACGUUCUGGGUGCCGCGUUGCUCGCCUCUUUCGGUGGUUUCUCGUUUGGCUACGACCAGGGUGUCAUCUCCAUCAUCCUCGUAAUGCCGCAGUUCCACGACUGGUUUCCCGAGACCGCUCCCGGUGGCCCCAGAUAUGGCUUCUACACCGGGUUCAUGACCGGCAUGCUCGAGUUCGGAGCCUUCAUCGGCUGCCUUUUCCUCCCGUAUCUCGCCGAUAAGAUCUCUCGCAAGUGGGCUCUGACUAUCGCAACUUUCUUCUUCUGCGUCGGUGCCAUUAUCCAGACCGCUGCUCACAACUACGGAACGCUUGUGGCGGGCCGCACCAUCGGUGGCGUGGGAGUGGGAACUCUGGCAAUGGGUGCGCCGCUCUACAUCUCAGAAAUUGCGCCCCCAAACCUUCGCGGUUCCCUUCUCGUACUCGAGUCUAUCAGCAUCGUAAUCGGUGCCAUUAUUGCUUAUUGGAUCACAUUUGCAACAAGACACAUGGAUGGAGAAUGGGCUUUCAGAUUGCCUUUUGCUCUGCAAAUGGCACCGGCCCUGAUGGUCGGCCUUGGAAUCCACUUCUUCCCCUUCUCGCCUCGAUGGCUUGCCAUGGUGGGUCGUGAUGAAGACAGUCUGAGGUCUCUUACGAAGUUGCGCCGUGUUCCAACAACAGACGAGCGAGUCCAGGCCGAAUGGAAGGGAAUCCUGUCUGAAGUUCGCUUCCAGCAGGCCACGCUCGCUCGGGAACACCCGAGCUCCAAUGCUUUCACGGCAGAGUUGAACCAGUGGGCAGACCUCUUCAAGCCCAGAUACCUGAAGCGCACGACUAUUGCCCUUGGCAUUCCAUUUUUCCAACAGCCAUUUCAGUUCAGUGGAAUCAACGCGUUCGUGUACUACGCGCCAACGUUCUUUGCCGCCCUAGGACAAAAGGGUGACAUGCCCCUUAUUCUCUCCGGCAUGGUCAACAUCUGCCAGCUUGUUGCCGGUAUCCCCACGUUCCUUUUCCUAGAUCAAGUUGGUCGCAGAAAGCUCGCCAUUGGUGGUGGUUUUGCGAUGGCUGUUCCCCACCUGAUCAUGGCUGGGGUUGUCGGCAAGUUCAGCUCCUCGUGGGAUGAGCACCCCGCAAUGGGCUGGUUCGGUGUCGCCCUCAUCUAUAUCUACGUUCUCUGCUACGCGACUUCUUACGGCCCUCUUGCCUGGACGUUGCCUGCCGAGGUCUUUCCUAACUCCAAACGCGCCAAGGGUGUUGGUGCUGCGACUGCCAUGAUCUGGCUGGCUAAUUUCAUCAUCGGCGUUUGCGUACCGGAGAUGGUCAUUAAGCUUGGAUGGGGCACCUAUCUGUUCUUCGGAUUGUUCUGUGUUGCCGCAGGUGUCUUUUCCUUCUUCUUGGUGCCCGAGACUGCCCACAAGUCUCUCGAACAGAUUUCUGAGCUGUUUGGUGAUAACAGCGUGGUCGAGGAGCAGGAUAUCCGCCGCCGCAUCAUCGAAGAAGUCUGGACUGACCCCAAGUACAACUCGAUUACUGUGUCCCGAGCUUGACUUGAGUUCAAUCGAAAGAAUUGUGAUGUAGCGAUUUGAUG